AUGUCGAAGCGCCCCGCAGAACCCACCUCGCCUAGCAGCGGCGGUCUCAAGAACCGCUCGCGCGAAACCCCCGAGACUCAGCCCCCGGAGAUGGGCGACUUCGAGGACAACUUUGAAGACGAAUUCGAGUCCGAUGACGAGGUCAUUGAAGCCGGCGCCGACGGAGAAGACCCUGGUGAAGAUGAGGGAAAGGCUGUGGAAGAAAUGCAAUUGGACCAACAGGUCUAUAUGCCUUCCCGACGACAGCUUGCAAAGGAUGAAAUACUAGAGCCGGACCCAAGCGCAUACCACAUGCUGCAUAGCAUGAAUGUCAAUUGGCCCUGUUUGAGCUUUGAUAUUCUGCAGGAUGGGCUUGGAGAUGAACGGAGAGGGUACCCGGCGACUGUGUACCUGGUGACCGGGACCCAGGCGGCGAGACCGAAGGAUAAUGAGAUCACAGUCAUGAAGUUGAGUGGAUUACAGAAGAUGCGUCAAACAAAGACAGAAGAAGACGAAGAUUCGGACUCCGAUGAUGAAGCUGAAGACGAUCCUAUUCUCGAGUCCCGCUCACUACCCCUCCCCACAACUACAAAUCGUAUCCGCGUAUCACCUCACUCUUCACAUGCUGCUUCUCUCGCAGAAACCGGCGAUGUCCAUAUCUGGGAUCUGUCCACACACCUCGCCUCCUUCGACACUCCCGGGACUACAAUUACCCCAGCCGCCAACAAGUCCACAACCCUGCGCAUGCACAAGCACGUUGAAGGCUACGCUAUCGACUGGUCUCCACACCUACGCGAGUCGAUGGGCAAGAUUGUCACUGGUGACAACGACGGCAAGAUCUUCGUCAGCACCCGGAAAGAAGACGGAACCUGGGCAACCGGCAAAGAUCCCCUCAGAGGACACACCGGCAGUAUCGAGGAGCUCCAGUGGAGCCCUACUGAGCGUCAUGUAUUUGCGAGCGCAUCAAGCGACGGGACUGUCAAGAUCUACGAUGCCCGCGCCAACACUAAGAAGCACCAGCUAUCAGUUUCAGUUUCCUCGUCCGAUGUGAACGUCGCAUCUUGGUGCAGUGCGGUACCGCAUCUUCUCUCGACUGGAGCGGAUGACGGUGUUUGGGGUGUUUGGGACCUUCGGACAUUCCCAAAUACUCUUAAGGGCGAGCAUGUUUCUGCCACCGCUUCUUUCACGUUCCACCAGCAGCCUAUCACGUCGAUCGAGUUCCACUCGACAGAAGAUAGUAUCGUUGCUGUUGGGUCGGCGGAUUCAACGGUCACAUUGUGGGAUUUGUCGGUAGAAUUGGAUGACGAGGAGAGCAGAGACACUGGUGGUGUUGAGGACGUGCCCCCGCAGCUCUUGUUUGUUCACUACUGCAAGGACGUGAAGGAGGUUCAUUGGCAGAAGCAGGCACCAGGAACAGUUGUGGCUACGGGAGCAGAUGGUUUCAGUUUCUUCAAGACGAUCAGUGUGUAA